AUCAAAAGGGUAUUCCAAACUCAUCAAGCAAACCGAUUGCAGAUUGGAGAGAACAGUUGGUCAUCCAACAUCUGAAAUCUGUUUUGACAGAGGAGGUAAUAGAUUCAAUAUCUGCAAGCCAAGAUGACUUGGGGCCAUUGAGUCUGGAUUUUUUCAGAAAAAGACAUGUGUCUUCUUCGUGGCAAGUUGAUGGACAGGAUGAUGCUGAUGAGAAUAAUCAGACUUCACUAGACACAGCUUCAGAUUCUGAACACAAGACUUCGCAAAUUAAAUUAAAAGAUGAUGCUUUUUUGGGUGAUACACAGAAAUUGGACAAAGAGUUGAAAGAUGUGUCAGAUGGACGUCAACUUGACUCACCUGCAAAAAUAGCACGAAGGAGAUUGAGAGAGAAAAGGAGAGAAAAGAGGGCAAUUGAGUUGGUUCAGCAGGAUGAUGAAGCAUUGGUUAAACUUGAAAAUGCUGCUAUCGAGCGCUCAAAAGCAGUGGAUUCUGCCGUACUGGGAAAGUAUAGCAUAUGGAGGAGAGAGAAUGAAAAUGAGAACUCUGAUUCAACAGUUAGACUGAUGCGAGACCAAAUGAUCAUGGCUAGAGUGUAUUCAGUAAUUGCAAAGUCAAAGAACAAGCUUGAUCUUUAUCAAGAAUUACUGAUGCGGCUUAAGGAAAGCCAACGUGCAGUAGGAGAGGCCAAUGCUGAUGCUGACCUCCAUCAGAGUGCCCCUGAGAAAAUCAAAGCUAUGGGUCAAGUUUUAUCAAAAGCAAGAGAAGAAUUAUAUGAUUGCAAGGCAGUAACUCAGAGACUCAGAGCAAUGCUUCAGUCGGCAGAUGAACGAGUCAGGAGCUUGAAGAAGCAGAGCACGUUCCUAAGCCAGCUGGCUGCCAAAACUGUUCCCAAUGGGAUUCACUGCUUGUCUAUGCGCCUAACUAUAGACUAUUACCUCCUCCCUCCAGGGAAGAGAGAAUUUCCUAGGAGUGAGAAUUUGGAGAAUCCAAAUCUUUACCACUAUGCGCUCUUCUCUGACAAUGUUUUGGCUGCAUCAGUAGUUGUCAACUCAACCAUUAUGAAUGCCAAGGAGCCAGAGAAACAUGUAUUUCAUCUAGUUACUGAUAAAUUGAACUUUGGAGCCAUGAAAAUGUGGUUUCUGUUGAAUCCACCCAGGAAUGCCACCAUUCAUGUAGAAAAUGUGGAUGAGUUUAAAUGGCUGAACUCUUCCUACUGUCCGGUUUUGCGGCAGCUCGAGUCUUCUGCAAUGAAAGAGUACUACUUCAAGGCUGAUCAUCCAACAACUCUCUCUGCAGGCUCUUCCAAUUUGAAAUACCGAAACCCAAAAUACCUGUCUAUGCUGAACCAUUUAAGAUUCUACCUCCCACAGGUUUAUCCCAAAUUAGAUAAGAUCCUGUUUCUUGAUGAUGACAUUGUUGUCCAGAAGGAUUUGACAGGAUUGUGGUCUGUAGAUCUUAAAGGAAAUGUCAAUGGUGCAGUGGAAACCUGUGGUGAAAGUUUCCACCGUUUUGAUAAGUAUCUCAAUUUCUCAAACCCUCAUAUUGCCCGGAACUUUGAUCCCAAUGCAUGUGGAUGGGCGUAUGGAAUGAACAUUUUUGACCUCAAGCAAUGGAAAAAGAAAGAUAUUACCGGAAUAUAUCACAAGUGGCAGAAUAUGAAUGAAGACAGGGUCCUCUGGAAACUUGGUACUCUUCCUCCGGGACUGUUAACAUUUUAUAAAUUGACAUAUCCACUGGGCAAAUCAUGGCAUGUCCUUGGUUUGGGUUACAACCCUGGCAUUGAUCGGUCGGAGAUAGAAAAUGCUGCAGUAGUCCACUAUAAUGGGAACAUGAAACCUUGGUUGGAACUGGCAAUGACAAAGUACCGGCCUUAUUGGACCAAGUAUAUCAAGUAUGAUGACCGUUAUGUUCGGGGCUGCAAUGUAAGUGAAUAGGCAGAACUAUGCAAGUAUGCUCGCAGGAUAUGAUUUCUCGAUUGGAAACUAAAGUACAAGCUGAAGGAAAGAGCGCUCUUGAAUGUUGCAUUGCUUGUUUAGUUAAUCGUUGACCUUUUCCUGUCAUUCUUCCCCAAAUGUAAUUUUGUUCCAUUCUGUUUAAGCCUUAUCUGGGGAGGGGGGCUGCAGGACUUCAGCUGGAAGAUUAAAGCAACUGAUUUUCUUUUAUUUUUUCUUUGUUCUUUAUUUUUUUUUGCCAUGGAACAGAUAAUAUGUUGCAUUUUGAAUGGCCAAUUCAUUUGUUACUGACAGAAGAAUCAUGCGGUGCAUUGAGCAGGAGCAUGGUUUUGACACAUACGAAUUCUUUGAGAACUCCUGUACUGAUCAGUAAUAUGAUAUUCUCUUAUUCCUUGGGGAAAUAACAUAAUCUCUUGCCCCUUUGCCUGGAGCAUUUUCUGAU